GUGAGCUGACUUCUAUGGUAACAGUAAGGAAGUUACACGCACACGUGUCUCCGCAGGACUGUGAAGUCCUGUAUCUUAACAGUACUUGCAGGCGAACUAUGCGUUGCUGUGUUUGAUACGGUUUAACUUUUGCUCUUUUAAGUAACCAUGUCCAGGCGCCGACUUACGACAGACGAAGGCGCUUCUGCACUCUCGCCACCAGAAGACGAGCACAGCCCCGAACACGAGUUGCCUCCCCCCGUAGUCACACGAACACGCAGCGGCAGAAGGGUCCGGACGCCAGCCGCUCUCCUCGACUCGGCAUUGCCAAGUGUCGUGAAAUCUCCCCUUCGUCGGACGAGGAAGUCCGUUAUUCAAGAGGAAAACACAGGUAAUGUCGUGUCUGGGACAGAGGGAGGUGAGCUGGCGCAACAGGAACUGGCAUCGACUGUGUUAUUUCAUGUAAGUUCAGACAGCACAGGCCUGGACCUCGGACUGGAGUCAGAAGCGAAGAAACCCAAAAUCGACGCGAAUAACUCAUCUGAAAUCAAGCUAGCGCAUCCGCGCGUUACUAAACAGAACGUCUCAGAGCCCGUUGGAUCCACUCAGUCCGCCGUGAAAGGUGGGGAGUCGCUCAGUCCGGACAUUAGGUUGGGAACAGAGGGAAGCGGAGAGAAGGAAAACCACGUGUGUUCGGAGGCUGAAACUGGGUCGGGAUGCGCGGAAAAAUCUGUCACAAAGAGCAGUCAGCCAAAGUCCAACGUGAAACGGGACCAGAUGAUACCCCUGGGAAAACCCAAAUCCGGACGGGUGUGGAAAGACCGUAACAAACAGAGGUUCUCUGCUCUGCUGCGGGACAAGCCGCUCCGCUCCUCAUGGGAGAAAAAGAUGGAGGCAAAAAGGGAGAAGGAGCUGGUGAAGAGAUUCGCCCUGCAGCUUAAGGAGGAGAAGGCUAGAGAAAAAGAGGAGAAGAGGAAACGGCGGGAAGAGAAUCUGAAAAGACGAGCGGAGAACGAGCGGAAGGCGGAGAUCGUGCAAGUGAUCCGAAAUCCGUCUAAGAUUAAGAGGAUGAAGAAGAAACAGCUGAGAAAGAUUGAGAAGAGAGACACCCUCGCUCUGCUGCAGAAAUCACAGCCCCGGAACCAAAGUGCUGCUGGGAAGGGUGGCAAGGGGGCCCAGUAAAGGGGGUGCGCUGGUUCUGAUGCAAUACUGCUGAUC